GAUAAAACGGGGUGGUAUGUGAGGAUAUAACCGUUCCCUUAAACUAGGAUCUGGUUCUCUAAUGGAAACUGCUGAGAGACGAAUUAUUUUACUUGGAAAAACUGGCAGUGGUAAAAGUUCAACUGGUAACACCUUGCUUAGAUGCCAUGCGUUUGAAGAGCGCAGGAGUCGGCAAUCAACAACACGAGACUGCAAAUUCUGGAAACGCUUUAAUGACGAAAGAAAUACGUCAUACACUAUUGUUGACACUCCAGGAUUUUUGAACACUGAAGGAAAUUUGGCAGAAAAUUUAUUAGAAAUACAAAGGUCAGCAGAGAUCUGUCCGGAACCGCAUGCCUUCCUGUUGGUGUUUAGUUCAUAUAACAGUUUAGAUGAAGAAAAUGUCUACACUGUCGAUUUGCUUCGAGUUGCAUUUGGCGAACAAGUAUUUAAGCAUUGCAUCGUUGUUUUCACACAUGGAAAUUACUUCAGCACGGAUGAGGAAUUCACACAGUUUUGGCAGACGUCAAACGACGUGUUAAUAAAACUUAUCGAAAGAUGUGGCGGCCGGAUAAUCAGAAUAGAAAAUGAACAAACCACGGUGUUUUCCCGCAAUGAUGGUGUAAAUCGUAUAUAUGAUUAUUUUGAAGAAGUGUCCGAGUCCGGUAGAACUCUGUAUAAUUGCCAGAUUACGAAAAAAUGCAAAAAUGUGCUUCAAGAAUGUUUGUCACGAAACAAAGGUCAAACGUAUAUGCAGCAGGUUUCUACGAUGGUACAUGCCCUUGACUUGAAGGAACAACAGUUUAAAGAAAGGGAAGAAAACGAGAAAAGAAUUAUUCCUGUUGGUAAAACAGACAAUGGCAAGAGUGCUACAGGUAACACCCUUGACUUGAAGAAACAACAGUUUAAAGCAAAGGAAGCAAAAGAGAGAAGAAUUAUUCUUGUUGGUAAAACAUAUAGUGGCAGGAGUUCGACUGGUAACACUUUACUAGGAAAAUCAACUUUCUUGACACACUUAAGUGUAACAUCAGUGACGCAAACAUGUAAAUUGGGAAAAGGCCAAUAUAGCACUAACAAUGUGCUAUAUAGUUUCACUGUAGUUGACACGCCAGGGCUAAUGGACACUCAUGUAAGACUUGCAAAACGGCUGCUACAACUGCAAGAAUCGAUCUCUAUCUGCCCACAACCGCAUGCCUUUCUGUUGAUAUUCAAUCCGACCGAACGCAUGACAAAAGAUGAAAACUACACUGUAGAUCUACUUCGUGUUGCUUUCGGCGAGAAUGUGUUUGAUCAUUGUAUUGUUGUUUUUACCCGUGAAAGUUGCUUUGAAACAGAUCAGGAAUUCAAGAAGUUUUGGGAACGGUCAAAUAUGCUGGUGGAUCUUGUCGAAAGAUGUGGAGGACGAGAAGUAAGAAUAGAGAAUGGCAGUAUGGUGGAUCUCGUAAAUAAUGAAAACAUAAAACAAAUAAUUGAAAUGAUGGAAAUAAUGUCCAACGGGGGAAAGAAAACAUAUAUGUACGAUUUUAUAAACAUUAACAAAAAUGUAAUAAAAGAGCACUUAGAAAACUGUAUUGAUCCUGAAGAUUAUCAAAAACAACUGUCUGCACUGGUAAAUUCCAUUAGCAAACAUCUUAGUACAAAGAAAGGUGUUGCGGCGGGUGGUUAUGGGAUUUACGCCGCUGGACAUGCAGCAGCUGAACUAGCAAAGUCUCCGUUCGCAAGAGCAACCAUAAUGAACGGUGUCUCAGCAGCGGGCAGCGCCAUUUCUUCUGCAGCAGUGUCAUUAGCUUCAAAAGCGGUGUUCUGGAAAAAGUAAGGUUUUGUGCUUCAUGAUACAUUACGUCAUGAAAAAGUUGUGUAGUCUGUAUGUAUGAAUAAGUCAGUAAAAUCCAUGUACAGGAAUAAAAUAUAUAAAAAUCGCCAGAAUAUGACAGCAGUAGACUGAUGAGUUUUUAUGCCCCCGAAGGGAGGCAUAUAGUUUUUGAAUCGUCUGUCUGUCAGUCUGUCGGUCUGUCCGCAAUUUUCGUGUCCGGUCCAUAUCUUUGUCAUCGAUGGAUGGAUUUUCAAAUAACUUGGCAUGAAUGUGUACCACAGUAAGACGACGUGUCGCGCGCAAGACCAAGGUCCGUAGCUCAAAGGUCAAGGUCACACUUUGACGUUAAAGGUCAUUUUUUAUGAUAGUUGGGCGUGUCCGGUCCAUAUCUUUGUCAUCGAUGGAUGGAUUUUCAAAUAACUUGUCAUGAAUGUGUACCACAGUAAGACGACGUGUCGCGCGCAAGACCCAGGUCCGUAGCUCAAAGGUCCAGGUCACACUUAGACGUUAAAGGUCAUUUUUCAUGAUAGUUGGGCGUGUCCGGUCCAUAUCUUUGUCAUCUUUGGAUGGAUUUUCAAAUAACUUGGCAUGAAUGUGUACCACAGUAAGACGACGUGUCGCGCGCAAGACCCAGGUCCGUAGCUCAAAGGUCCAGGUCACACUUAGACGUUAAAGGUCAUUUUUCAUGAUAGUUGGGAUGGAUUUUCAAGUAACCUAGCAUGAAUGUGUGGCACAGUAAGACGACGUGUCGCGCGCAAGACCCAGGUCUGUAGCUCAAAGGUCAAGGUCACACUUAGACGUUAAAGGUCAUAUUUCAUGAUAGUGCAUUGAUGGGCGUGUCGGGUCCAUUAUCUUUGUCAUUCAUGCAUGGAUUUUAAAAUAACUACGCAUGAAUGUGUACCACAGUAAGACGACGUGUCGCGCGAAAGACCCAGGUCCGUAGGUCAAAGGUCCUAAACUCUAACAUCGGCCAUAACUAUUCAUUCAAAGUGCCACCGGGGGCAUGUGUCAUCCUAUGGAGACAGCUCUUGUUUUUCUAUAAAUUGAAUUUUAAUUUUUCAUUGCAAGCGGUUUCAAUGUUAAACAUAUCUUCAGGCAGUUAGAUUUUGAAAAAUACAUUGAUGUAACGUCAAACAAUCAAAUACGGGAUACGAAGUAAAAAGACAUUAUAGCAAAACUUCAAAUGGACGUACGUGACAAAUUUGUGAAGAAUAUAUCUAAUAUAGAAAAGUUCUGAAGUAUACAGCUACAGAAAUAUUAGAGACAAAUCUCUGCGACUAAUUGCGUAAAUAUCCAAUAGGAUGAUAUACUAAUCCCCAAUGAUAACGUGAUUCCCGCUUAGGACAGGUUCAUUUUAUGAUAACUGAUAAAAUAAUAAUUCUUGACAAGUUAAUGUUAGUAUUUGUUUCAUUUUAACUAUCCAGUUAGUAUACUGUAAUAAAGCUCAGCCGGGUAAAAUGCAGAUAACAAUUGGAUAUAAGCAAACCGUGACAGAUCUGGUGCAGCCGUUGUAUACGCAUGUCACAAAAUCAUUAUCAUCGGAGCGCAAUUCAAAAAUACGCAGAAUUUUGCAUGUACGUACGCAUUUAAAGUGUAUAGUAUGUAUAAUAUACUGACUAAAGGUUAUGGUAAGCAUUACAAUAGUUGCAGAAUAUAUACAUUAAGGAGGAUACUCUUCGUUCCAAUCACUUAAAUCCGGUAUAUACCGGAGUCUGGUAUAUAUCACAGGCGCACCAGAUCUGUUUUUAGUCAUAGCCAAUUUGUUUAAAAGCCAUUGAAAAUUCACUCGUGAACACCAUAAUUUACUGCGCCACUCGUGAAAAUAUCUAAUUUCAGUGUUCACUCGGUGAAAUAUGUUUCGAACUUACACUGAAAAAAAAAACAAAUUUGCUCUAUUUCAUGAAGUCUACAUUAAAUAGACACACUUUAUGAUGGAAACGGAGGUAAUAACAGUUUCAAAAGCUCAUUUAUGUUCAAUGCGUAAAUCAUGAAGUCUUAUUAUCUUUAAGAAAUAAUAUAUCCGAAACAGUGAUUUGUCAUUCAAUAAAAUUAUUAUUUGUAGUUUAGAUGCAAAGGAAUUAUAUCACGAGGGCGCAAUCUAACCAAUAUGCCUCGUCUUGAUUACAUCUCGUUCUCGGCGUAGUGAUGAAUCCAAUCCUCAUAACUGUUUGACACUAUCAUAGCCGCAUAUGUUGGGAAAUUACAUUUGUUCCUUUUUGCAUUAAUGUCUGCAGAGGACCAUGGGGACCUCGACAACGGCAACGGCUUCUGUAGACAUCUGUAUACAAAACAAACGUGUAUUGUCGCUAUUCUUGUAUACAAAACAUAACACAAACUAAAUGUAUUGUUUUCAAAUGUGAGGACUUUACGACAAAUCAACAAAAUUACCAAAAAGCA